GCAGCCGGCGUUUGUAUUUCAAACAUGGCGCUGCCCGGUUCAGUACUCGUGCGACUCAGAGCGUUGUGUAACCUUGGGAAAUCUUUGGAUACAGGGAACACAAUUGGACACAAUUACAAUCGGGUCCGGUGGUACAAGACAAAAGCCAAGAGCAAUCAGGACACUGCAGCCUCAGCGGGCCAGACAAGACGGGGUAGUGAGCUGCUGAAAGAGUUCCCUGAACCGAAGAGCCUGCUGUUUACCACCAUAUCCCGGUCGCUUGGGGUGUCUGACCUCUCCCAACACAUCCAGUACCAUUGCACAGAGGAUGGGGGUCUCAAGAGAGCCACUGUCACACUCCUCUGGCCCAGCAAGAUGGAGGUGGAGGGCUUUGCUCGCAAGAAGAUUGAUGCUGAACGAUACGCUGCUGCUGCUGCCUGUCACAAGCUGAGGGAGAUGGGUGUGCUGGGUCCAGACAAUCAGGUGGCCAGGAGGAGUGUGGGACGAGGGCGAGGACCACCACUGUCAGCCUUACAGGACCUGGAGUGUCGGUGGACAGAUGUCCAUGUGCCUAGAAGAGACCUCCAGAAUGGAUCCUUGGAACCUUGCAUACAAUCAAGUGUAUACAGGGCACCCGAGGAGAAUUCUGAGCUCUCCCAGGCUCUUUCCAUGUUCGUAAAUCCUAAAGCUCUGCUGACCAGGGUCAUCCAGGUGGCCACGUCCUCCAACAGAUUCAGGGAGCUGGUACAGUACAAGACGGUGGGCGGUAAGAUGAAGAGGUGUGAGCUGACCAUGCGAUGGCCAGAGGAGAUUACGUUUGUGGCCUCGGCUCUUCGCAGAGUCGAGGCAGAGAGGAGAGCUGCUGCACUGGCCUGUCUCAAACUGAAGGAAAUGGAGCUGCUAGAUGAGGACAACCAACCUCUGACCCAUGCUAAGUACCACAAGGAGGAGAUGCGUGAGGCGGGGCAGAGAGACAGACAGCCCUGCCAUCUGGAGAUACCCGAGUACUUGGAGCAUAGCACCAGAGAAUACCUCACACAGUAUCCAGUGGCGACAGAGAUGCAGAAGCUGUGGGAGGAGGAGGAGGAGAGAAGCCAGCAAAGGUUGAACCAGCAGGACGAAGAGGAGGAAGAGGACCUCGUCACAGACGCCAUCACAGGCAGGCCAUACCGGCCCCUCUCUACCCAGGAGGCCGAGCAGCUGAGCUCCGACCUACAGGAGGAGUGGGAGAGGGCAGGGCCUGGCCUGGGGGUGGAGCUCCCGGUCGACAACCACCGGGAACGCGUUGUGUCAGCGGUGGAGUCCUCCAGGGUCAUCGUGGUUGCUGGGGAGACGGGAUGUGGCAAGACAACGCGUAUCCCGCGCUUCCUUCUGGAGGGGCGUGUGCGGGGCGGGGAUGGAGCGGAGUGUAACAUCUUGGUCACCCAACCUCGGAGGAUUAGCGCUGUGUCAGUGGCUCACCGUGUUGCCCACGAGAUGGGCCCCGCCCUCAAACGCUCUGUAGGGUAUCAGGUGCGUCUGGAGAGCCGUCCCCCGGAGCACAGCGGUGGGGCCCUUCUCUUCCUGACGGUGGGGGUGUUACUGAGGAAGCUGCAGGGUAACGCCUCCCUAAGGGGGGUUAGCCAUGUGGUGGUAGAUGAGGUCCACGAGAGGGACGUCAAUACGGACCUGCUGCUGGCCCUGCUGCGACCCGCCCUAAGGGACAACCCCAACCUCCGUGUCGUGCUGAUGAGCGCCACAGGGGACAACCAGAGGCUGGCACAGUACUUCGGGGGCUGCCCCGUGGUCAGUGUUCCCGGGUUCAUGCACCCUGUCAGGGAUCGGUACCUGGAGGAGGUCCUUAGGGAGAUGGGGAGACCACCGCUACCCCCGGCAAGGACAGACCUGCAGGGGCGGGUGAGUAAGGAGAAGGAUGAUGCCACGCCAGACCUGGACUUAGUAGCUAAUGUGAUAGAGCACAUCCACAGACAGGGAGAGCCAGGUGCAGUUCUGUGUUUCCUACCAGGUUGGCAGGACAUUAAGGCUGUCCAGAAGAGACUAGAGGAGAAGCCAACCUUCCAGUCUGGCUCUCAAAUGAUCCUACCAUUACACUCAAGUAUGUCGGUGGGUGACCAGCAGACCGUGUUCCAGCGCCCUCCUGAGGGCCGGAGGAAGAUCGUCCUGGCCACCAACAUCGCUGAGACCUCUAUCACCAUCGACGACAUUGUUCACGUAGUAAACGCGGGAUCUCAGAAGGAGCAGAACUACGACACACGGACCAAGGUGUCAUGUCUAGACACAGUCUGGAUCUCGCGCUCCAACGUCACUCAGCGUAGAGGGAGGGCGGGGCGAUGCCAGCCCGGACAUGCCUACCACCUGUUCCCACGGCAACGCCUGGAAUCAAUGACGACCUUCCCUGUGCCUGAGAUCCUACGCACCCCUCUGGAGAGCCUGGUGGUACAGGCCAAGAUCCACAGCCCCCACUGCAAGGCAGUGGAUUUCUUAUCGCAGGUGUUGGACAGCCCAGAGCGAGAGGCUGUGACUGAUGCUGUUCGCAACCUGCAAGAGAUUGGUGUUCUGGACAAGACAGAGGCCCUGACUCCCCUGGGGGAGAGAGUAGCCUGUCUGUCCUGUGACCCGCGCCUGGGGAAGGUGCUGGUGCUUGCUGCUCUGUUCCGCUGUGUCCUGCCCCUGCUGUCAGUCACAGCCUGUCUCACCAGAGACCCUUUCCACAACAGCAUGCAGAACAGAGCCCUGGUCUCUAAGGCUAAGGAAGACCUGGGAGGUUCAAGCUACAGUGAUUACCUGGUGUUCAGUCGAGCCGUGUUGGGCUGGAGGAGUGUUCAGCAAGAGAGGGACAGAGAGACCAGACAGGACUACUUGAACAGAUACACACUGUCUGGAGCCGGCCUGCGCUUCAUCAAUGGUCUGACUUCCCAGUUCAGUGAGAACCUCCUUGAGGCUGGGCUGGUGGAGCGUUCAGCUGACUGCCAGAGAUCCUCCUCCCUCUACAACCAACACAGCCACCAGGACGAGCUGGUCAAGGCUGUGCUGCUGGCCGGACUCUACCCCAACCUCAUACAGGUGAAAAGGGGAGCAGUGACCAAAGGUCGCUUCCGCCCCAACAGCCUGUCCUUCCGUACGCAGAGUGGCCCAGUGCUCAUACACCGCUCCUCCGUCAACAGGGGAGAGGAGCAGUUCCCCAGUCGCUGGCUGACCUUCUUCAGUGCAAUCAAGUCCAACGGUAACGUCUUCAUCAGAGACUCCUCAGCAGCCCACCCCCUCGCCCUACUGCUGCUCACCGACUGUGACAUCACUGAGAGAGUGAAUGGUGACCGUGUGGAGGUGGCGUUCCCGGGGCGGUCGCUGGUACGCUGUGAGCUGUCUGUCCAGACAUGGGAGCUGCUGUGGGAGCUACGCUCCUCCAUCCAGACCAUGCUGUACCGCAACCUCCGCCCACACAGCUCAGCCAAUUACAUCACACAGGAUGGCAAGCUCAUCUCGCUAUUGGUGGAGCUGCUGAACAAUACUGAGUCCAAUACAGACCCCCAGCCAAACGGUGGCCACAGUGACUCUGAGGUAGACUGAUUCACUCGCAUUGGAAUAAAGGAAUGUCAAAGCACUGUGGAUGGAGUACUGCUUUGUGACCUGAAAAACCUCUGGCCGUAGCAAGAGUCCAUAGAUUUUUCUGGUCAGGAAAAAAGUACCAAAGCAAAAUGCUCGGGGCACGGUCUGCUGACAAAUCUGAGAAGACAUGUAAUAUCGGUUAACUGUACAAUAUUAUCCAUAGUUCACUACCCAUUCUAAAUGUCCUCUAUCUCCUCACCUGAGAUAUACAGAGAAAAUGUUUGAAAAUAUAGAUGAAUGUGAACACUGAGUUUAUAAUGGAGUUCGGGAAAAUACAUCAUGCCCUGAAGGUUUGACUCUUAAACUAUAUUUCAAGAGCCCCAUUUAAAUAGGAGUGAACUCAUGGUACUGUAAAUACUACUGUGAUUGCUCUCUAUAUGGGAGGAAAUCCAUUUGUUUGACUAGAUUAUGGACUCAAGUAUUUGUUUUUUGAAAAGCAGAAGUUGAAUGAAUCUGACUGUUAAUGAGUGUCUAGUGACCUGUGCACUACAGCGAGACGGUGUCAAGAUGACAAAAUAAUGAUUACAUGAAUGUAUUGUUAACCAUUAUUUUUUUAUUUAAAUAUGGUCUGUUGAAAGAAAGAUGUUAAACAAUGUUACUGGUUGCAAUUUUCCUCUCUGUACUGUGAUUGUGUCUGAAGUUAAAUGUAUUAUUCAUCUUUGGGCUGUAAGGUGAAGCCAGUUUUCAGGAGAACUCCUUGAGGAAGUGCAGGUGGAAGUUCUUCAGGCGUUUCAGUACCUCUUCCAUGGUCUCCACUGGGGUCAUGACACACAGUCUACAGAGAGAGAUGAGAACAAAUCAGUGGGGAAGUAUAACCAUUUAAAUAGAAUGAUGAGGCUAAUGCUAUGCUUCCCUGUUCAUUUGCAUAGGAUGAGUAGUGGAUAUGGAGCCAUUGACUACUGGAGUGUUUUAUGGUGACAUUUCUAUGUCCAGAAGCUGUUGACAGAGAGAGGAUUGUACCUGAUGUGGUGGGUGCCUUCCUUCUGUCCAUACUCACACCCCGGUCCCACACACACUCCUGCCUCCUCUAGUAACCGUUUACAGUACCACAGGUCAGGCUGCAUCCCCACCACCUGCAAUGGAAAACAGAAAACUCACAUAUAUAAGAGAUCAAAUCAUUAACUCCAGACUAUUUAGAAUUAAUCAGAUGUUGAAUCACAUGUUUUGUCUCUUGAAAUGCCCAUAUGACAAACAGCAGUAGUCAUGCUAGUGCUCUACCUGACCAUACAGUGUACUAUUUGCCCCAUGACUAACCUUGGCCUUCUCAAUGGCUGCUUGGGGUAGAUACAGCCGGGGGAAUACGAAAGCUCCUCCCAUCAUCGGCUGACAGCUGAUUCCUGGGAUAUUGUUCAGAAACUCUGGGACCCAGCUCAUGUUAUGGACCAGCAUGGCCCGGAUAGACUGGGUCUCCUGGCGGAGAUGGAAGAGAAGACUGAAAAGAAGGACACUGGGAGAGCAUAUUGUAUGGGACACUGAGGUGCAGUUGUGAAUAGGGGAAGGAAUACAUUUGUUUGAUUUUGAUGAACUAUUUCUUAUUUUAGAGACAUCAAUGAUUGCAGAGCACUAUCAUUAAACUACUUAUGACUAAAUGCUACAUGGCAUAUGCAAUCUAUUAAGCCUAACGUCAUACUGUAGUUUGAUCUAUUUUGAUGGGUCUCACCUGGGCGUAGACCGGGUAUGAGGGGUCCCCUGGCCUGGGAGGGUUAGCCAUGAGCUCCAGGGCUAGCUGACCAGUCACAGGGGCACAGAUGUCAGUGGAAAAGAGGGUGUAGGCGUACCUCAUGACGGCUGGGUCAAGGUUCACCAGCUCCACGUACCCCCCGCGUAGCCCACACCUGUGCAGGGAGGAGAGACAUACAGAGUAGUGGUCAAACACUGGCCUGCUGGUUUCAGUACAGGCUUUUACACCAUAGGAAGCCUGAAGUGGAUCUCUUAGGGAACUGCCAGCUAUUUUAUUUACUUUUGUCAAUAUUGAGUUUGUGUUGGCAGCUCAUACAUUGUCUAAGAAGGCACUAAUCCAUGUUUGCUCUAACGCUCAUGCUGAAGGAAUUUGACCAUUCUAAAAGAAGUAGGCUAGUAGCUAAUUACUUAAUUAAGUAGCUAAUGGGGUAAUACGAUCCAGAUCAUUGUAGAGUACAGUAGGCUAUAGUAUGUAUGUAUUGAAGACCACUCCUCUGCUGAUGUGCCUAAUUGCUCUAAUUGGGCCAUGCCCCACCCCUUCCCACUACAGCUGUUCUCACUGCCAAAUCACCACUCCUCAGGCUUUUUUUUUCACUCCUAACCUUACCAUUUAACCCCUUCUCCCCUUCUGAAACCAGCAAAUCCUUUCAUGGUGAUGCCAGGAGUGGCAUAUUCUGUUUGCCUUUGUGCAUGAAAGAAUCAACCAACACAACCCUACCUAACAGCCUUUACAAGCCAAUAAAAUCCACACCCCUCUGCUGUGUGUGAAAUAAAUCA